UCUAUCUUAACUGAAAGAUCAAAAAAGCUUCUCUAUCUCUCUAGCUAUCUUUUUUUUUAUUCUCUUUCUAUUUCCUCUAACCAUGAAGUUAUAGAAUCAAAAUUAAUAGAAGAAAAAAAAAAUCUUCUAGCAAACACAGUUCUUGCAUUACAUGUUGCACCAACAACAGUUUAUGAUUAUGAUAGGAGAAUAAAUUCUUUUCUUCUACUUUCAUGAAAGGAAAAAUUAACAAGUGAAGCUUUUUAAUUUGUUUCUUUUUUUAUUCUUGGUUUUAUCUAGUUUAACUUUAUUUUUCAUAUCUAACAGAGUUUGAGAAGAAGUAGUUUCAGUUCAGUUCAGUUAGUUUCAAACCAACUUUGUCACAAAUUCAGAAACAUUCCCACUUCAAUUAGAUUCCUUUUUUUGUUUUCUUUUUUGCAGCCAACACUAAAAGGGUCCUUGAAUAAUCCUCAAGUGUUCAAUUUCAUCACAUAUACAUAGUUGAUUUCUUUGUAUAAUAUAACAUCACUCAAGUACUCAACCUAUAGUAUUGUGUGAAAAUUUAGUUUGUUUUCUGGGGUGGACCUUGGAGGAAGGGAAUUAUAUUAUGCUACUAAGGAACAGAAGAUCAAGGGCUAUGAACAAGCCAAACUUAAUUUCUGAUCAUCAUAAUCACCAAAAUAAUUCUCAAUCACCAAAAACAAAUUAUGAUGAAAAAAAAACCACAAUUCCAUCUCUAUUUUGUUCCCUACCAAAAUUGAGAGAUUUCACUAUGAAAUGUCUCUCAGGAAUUGAAGCCUUACCAAGCCCAACAUCAAUUCUUGAUACAAAAACAGUACUCUCCCCACUUAGGGAUAAUAUUCCAUUCUCAUAUGAGAAUAACAUAUCCCCAAGAAUAUUGCACUCUUCCAACAAGAACAAGACUAGGAAUUAUUCAAAAGAAAGAAUUGGUCUUGCUCUUGUUGGAACCCUCAAAGAUGAUGAUCCAAUUCAUCAUAAUCAUCAUGAGAAUACUGGAAACAACAACAACAAUAAUAAUAUCCUCUUUGGAACUCAGCUUAGAGUGAAAACCAAUAAUAAUAAUAAUAAUAAUAAUAGUAAUAAGGGUUGUUGUUCUUAUUCUUAUUGUUGUUCUUCUUCUUCAGAAUCAUCAUUUGUUAUGAUGAAUUUGAGUGAGAUGGAGCUUAGUGAGGAAUACACAUGUGUGACAACACAUAAUGGUCCUAAUCCAAGAAAGACUCAUAUAUUUGUUGAUAACUGCAUUGUGGAAACCUACUACUCUUCUCCUUCUUCUUCUUCAUCAUCAACAAUAGCUUCACUCAAUAAUUUUCUCAGCUUUUGUUACACUUGCAAGAAGCAUCUUGAACACACAAAAGACAUCUUCAUUUACAGAGGGGACAAAGCCUUCUGCUGCGAAGAAUGCCGCCACAAAGAGAUGGUGUUAGAUGGUGCAGCAGAAAAUUUAUAAUAAUUUGAUGAUAAAGGAUAUCAUUUUUGACUUCACUCAUUUCCCAACGGCCUAAGAAAAGUGUUGCAAUUUCAUGAUGAGGAUAAUCAACCUAAUUAAGCUAGUCACGAAUUUUCAACCCCUUUUUGAAGUUUUGUGGUUUUUUGUUUUGUUUUUCUUUUCCCAUCCAUGCAAAUAGAGAGAUAAGAGAUGAGGAUGUAGAGUUUUUUUUCAAGAAAUUAAUGAGUAAUAAUUUUUAUUUUUUUA